CUCACUUGGUCCUGUUUGUCUUCACUGUAAGGACUAACUAACCUCUGCCUUCUAACAAUAUAGUCGUUUUGAGGUACUGCCAAGUCGGACUGGGUUGUCAUCACUUGUUCUCAUCAUUUAUACUGUCGUGACACUCCCUCCGCAUUGUCCCAGGCGCCCGCCAGCACCCGCUUAUCUACUUCUAUCGCUUGCGGUACUGCAACCUGAACCCAAGAGAUAAAAAUGGGCUCUCUUCGACUUCGAAUAGACGGUUCAACUUUCAAAGAUGCCAACAAUCGCGAAAUAUCCCUGAGAGGAAUCAACGUCGCCGGAGAGUCCAAAUACCCGAAGAACCCGGAUACUCCUUCCUACGUCUCCGAUAGCUUCUUCGAUGCAGACAAUGUCUCUUUUGUUGGCCGACCCUUUUCUCUUGAGGAUGCACACACCCAUUUCGCUCGACUACGCAAGUGGGGCUAUAACACGAUAAGAUAUAUCUUCACAUGGGAGGCGAUCGAGCAUGAAGGUCCGGGAAAGUAUGACGAUGAAUGGAUUACAUUUACCAUCGAGGUUCUCCGCAUUGCAAAGCAGUACAAAUUUUUCGUCUUCCUGGAUCCACAUCAGGAUGUGUGGUCGAGAUUAUCAGGGGGCUCUGGUGCUCCCGCGUGGACUCUCUAUGCGGCGGGCUUAAACCCCCGAGCAUUCAAGAAGACCGAAGCAGCCCUGGUGCAAAACACGUACGACAACCCGGCAGAAUUCCCUAAAAUGAUUUGGAGUACGAAUUACACAAGGCUGGUCUGUCAGACCAUGUUCACAUUAUUCUGGGGAGGUCGAGACUUCGCCCCUAAGGCGAUCAUCGAUGGCAUGAAUAUUCAGGACUAUCUUCAGGGACAUUUUAUUGCAGCAUGCAAGUACUUUGCUCAGAAGGUUCAUGAGGCUGGGGAUAUCGAAAAUGACGUAGUUAUCGGAUGGGAGAGCAUGAAUGAACCCCACAGAGGCCUGAUUGGGUUCCAGGAUAUCUCCGUGAUCCCACCUGAUCAACAACUUCAAUUGGGCACCUCGCCUACUGCCUUCCAGGCCAUGCUUACGGGCUCGGGGCGCGCAUGUGAGGAGACAACCUGGGCUUUUGGUGGCUUUGGGCCUCAUCAGACCGGCAGAGAAUUGAUUGACCCGGAGGGUGAAUCAGCUUGGUUGCCAGCAGACUACGACGAUGAUAAAUAUGGUUGGAAGAGAGACCCGUCUUGGAAAUUGGGUGAAUGUCUCUGGGCUCAGCAUGGCGUUUGGGAUCCAUCAUCCGAUCAAGUACUACGGAAGGACUAUUUUGCCAAGCAUCCGCGAACAGGCGAACCUUUGAACUACGAUGUCUUCACCAAUACCUACUUCAUGGAGCACUACCGGGCUUAUAGAGAUGCGCUCAGGAGUGUGUGGCCAGAAGCGAUCUUGUUCUGUCAACCUCCUGUCAUGGAGGUUCCGCCCGACUUGAAAGGGACGGUGGACGAUGACCCUAACAUGGUGCACGCAGUACACUACUAUGAUGGUCUCACAUUGUUGACGAAGCACUGGAAUCGACUAUACAAUGUGGAUGUGAUUGGUGUCCUUCGUGGCAAAUAUCUCACGCCCGCUUUUGCCAUCAAGAUCGGAGAGACCGCGAUUCGCAAUUGCUUGCGCGAUCAACUUAAGUUCUUGCGGGAUGAGAGCUUGAAGUAUAUGGGCAGCCAUCCCAUGGUCUUCACGGAAAUUGGCAUUCCCUUUGACAUGGAUGAUAAACAUGCCUAUAAGACGGGCGAUUAUAGUAGUCAGGUCAGCGCUAUGGAUGCCAACCAUUUUGCACUGGAGGGGAGCACGUCAAACGGCUUUACAUUGUGGCUAUAUACCACCACGAACAAUCACGAAUGGGGCGAUAACUGGAACGGGGAAGACCUGUCGAUUUACUCGGUCGAUGAUUUCGAGCUCCCAAGUGGCAAAUACUCUGACUUGGAGACGGACUCACGGGUCGAGACUGACCCUCAUUCACCGGCGUACUCCGAAAGCCAAGGUAGUAUUCAACACCAGUCAAUAGGACCUGACAAUCUGAAAAGUGCCUUGUCGGCUCCCUCCAUCACAUCGGAGUAUAGUCAGAACGAGGACAAACUCGGGUUCCGUGCGGCAGAGGCCUUCAUCCGGCCGAGCCCGAUCUACACUAAUGGCCUCGUCUCAGAGUAUAUGUUUGACCUUCGAAACUGCACUUUCACGCUGUCGCUGAUUGGGAACGAAAAGACCCUGAAUGAGGAGACUGCGACCGAGAUUUACCUUCCCGAGUUUCACUUUCCAGGAGGACACACUGUUGUCUCUGUCAGUAGCGGAGAAUGGUCCAUUGACUCCAGCGAGAUCAACUCCAUCAAGGUUCAACGGUUGCGUUGGUGGCAUUCGGCAGGGAACCACGACAUUAAGAUCCAGGGAGUCAAGCGCAAGCCAGGCGAAACUGCCAGAUCCUCGUCAAGCGACGAACUGUCAUACCUCGAGCAAUGUCAGAGCAGCGGAUGUACCGUCAUGUGAUAGGAUCUAGGAGUCAGGCACAAGCUGUGCUAGUUUAUUAUGUCAAGGAGUAUCAACUACCUUAUUAUAUCUUGAGUGGUAAUGUCUUCGAUGAAUAGG